CCGCCCUCCGCUUGCCUCGGUGCCUGUCAGCGAAGGGAUCGGCCCGGCUCGGCCCGGCCUAGUCCGGCCUCCUCAGCGGGGUGGAAACCGGAGAAGAACAGACCCGGUGAGACAAGGAGCGAAGGCCGUGUCGCCAUGGGAACCCGCGACGACGAGUACGACUAUCUCUUCAAAGUCGUGUUGAUUGGAGACUCGGGGGUCGGAAAAAGCAAUCUCCUGUCCCGCUUCACACGUAAUGAGUUCAACCUGGAGAGCAAAAGCACCAUUGGCGUGGAGUUUGCCACCAGAAGCAUCCAAGUGGAUGGAAAGACGAUAAAGGCGCAGAUCUGGGACACAGCUGGCCAGGAGCGAUAUCGUGCCAUCACCUCUGCCUACUACCGUGGAGCUGUUGGUGCACUCCUAGUUUACGACAUUGCCAAGCACCUGACAUACGAGAAUGUGGAACGUUGGCUGAAGGAGCUCCGGGACCACGCGGACAACAACAUUGUCAUCAUGCUGGUGGGAAACAAGAGCGACUUGCGUCACCUGAGAGCUGUGCCCACAGACGAGGCCCGUGCUUUUGCAGAAAAAAACAACUUGUCUUUCAUUGAAACUUCGGCUCUUGAUUCAACAAAUGUAGAAGAAGCUUUCAAGAACAUUCUCACAGAGAUCUACCGCAUUGUGUCUCAGAAGCAGAUUGCAGAUCGGUCUGCCCACGAUGAGUCUCCCGGAAACAAUGUGGUGGACAUCAGCGUGCCCCCCACCACCGACGGACAGAAAUCCAACAAACUCCAGUGUUGCCAGAACCUGUGACCUCCUGGGGCAUGUUCUUGCCUCUCAUAUUGCCCGUGCUUCACUUCGAAACUUGUGUGCACUCCUCCUCCAGUGUCUCCUGUCAUUUGGUGACUCUCGUUUCAUAUUCACAACCCCACCCCACCUCUUCCCACCCAUCUUAGAGGGUUACCCGUAGGGCUAGCAUUUGUUUGCCUCUGGUGAAUCCUGUUAGAAUGUUUUUUUAAAAAUUUGGGUCGAGGGGAGUUGAAUUCUAAAUAUUGAGUUGGCAGAAGUUUGGGUUUUGGUGUCCUCUUGCUUGUGAAACACCUACCGGACCACAGUGACCACAAAACACUCUUUAACUUUCUUUUCCUUGUUAUUACUUUUGGGAGUGGAAAGAGACCUUUUUUGUCAUAGUGGCAAAAGAAAAACUGCUCUUGAGGCAGGGAGUUGGAUUUUUCCACAAGUGCCCAAGAAAUCCAAGCCAAGAAAAGACCCAUACCACCAAUGCUUCAGUUUUCCAGCCUGCUGGGAGAAGACCUAGGUUUAGGUUUCUACUACACACACGACGCACACAUGCACCUCACAAAGAUGUUCAAAAGACCUCCCCUCCCUUUUAAUACACAGUUGGUCUCUCACUGUAGUUCUCCUUGCUUCCAACUCAUGGAAGUGUUUACUCUCAUGUUUUCCAUCUCUUUGUUUUCCAGAUUGGGAACAAUGAAGUAAGUCUUUGCGUUACGUUUUUUGGUCCUCCCCAGUUGUGCGGAGGCUGUUUAUGAAGUGGCUUCUAGUGCUUUCCCCCUUCCCUUUAGGGCCUUCAGUUAAUCAACCUCCUGUACAAUUAAGUGCCAGCCUAAUGGCUUUGGUAGACCCUUCUUGCAGUCUGUAGAAAUGACGCCGCUUUGCUCUGUAGAGAAAUCUUUCCUUGGAGACCUCCCAGAUUCUCUCUCUCUUCCUCUCUGCAUGCUCUUCUAUCCCCCGGUCUCGUUCCUCUUCCCUUCUCUUUCCUUAUGUGUGCAAGCAAACAGAACUAUCCCUGGAGUGAGUGUGAAGCAAUAUUUUUCAUGCCAUGUACAUAACUCGCACUGGUAGGGUUCUUUACUGAAAGAGUUGUAGAGAACUUGAUAACUUUUUUUGUAACACUUUAAGCAUAAGCAUCUUGGAGCUGAUUGCUGUCUCACUUGUAGGCUGCCUCCUUUAAUUCCACCCCCUCUCCCCUUGUGCUGUUACUGCUUCUCUCAUCUUGUUCUCCCGAACGGUUCUUUUUCUUAAAAAAUUUUUUUCUUUGCUCUAAAUGAUUGUAUUACUUCAUAUGAUGUACCAGAACUCUGACAUCAUGCAGGGCUAAAACACCAUCAAACUUAAAACACAAAAACUGGAUGGAAAAGGCUUUUUAUCACUGUUCUUUCUCCUUUCUGUCCUCUCCCCCUCUCCAGCCAUGCUUUUACUAGUUGAGAAAAUCUCUGUGUCAGGUUUUCCUUGUCAUCUGCUGAAGUGUUGGAAUUGUGGGAGAGGGAUUGGCGUCCCCAUGAUAAAUUAAUGGGGAAUGAGGGAAUCUGUAGUGGCUGCCUACUAGCACUUGAGAUUUUUAUUUUGGAAGGUUGAAUCCUGCUUCCUAAACUAUGGCUUGUUUGCUGCAAAAGUGUGUGUGUGGGGAGCAUAUAUAUUUAUGUAGGCUUGGGUGCAGGAUAGGUACUACCUGCUGUUUUCAUGGCUGGAUUGGAGAAAAAAUUCUUUUGGCAGUCAAGCAAAAUUAAUUCCAUUUAGUUCUAUUGCUCAUCUGGUUUUGCAGUCUUUUUAGGCCUGUAGGAAUGAGUAUUGGACGAUGCGCCUUGCCUUUAUCCCGUGUUCCCAUUGGGGAGGUUAACUGUUUGGCUGGUCGGGAGCAGUCUCUUGGGAAGGAAACAGCUGGCUCUCCUGUCCAGCCAGGCUGAAACAGGAGAUGUUCCCUGUCCGGGUUUCGUGGCCUGCCUGUUGAGUCAUAAUGCACAAGAGACCCAGAGGAGUGAGUUAAUGGUGUUGUUCACCCAGGCUGCAGAGUGGCACUGCAGACUGGCCAAGGGCUUCUUCUUGGUUUGAUGAUAAAUCCUCUUGGGGUGGGAGGCAAGGAGAGAGCUCUGAGCAGCAUCAGCUUUAAUCUCCACAGCGGCUGCUUUGACCUUCCUAGCUGUCUUUUCAUUGGCAGGCAACAGCGUCUCCCGGGACGAUUCACUUCCAGCUGGCAAAAGGGUUGUUGAUGCAGUUAAGUCUUGUGUGUGUCUCCAUCCCAUGAAGAAUUUGCUUUUUUCCUAUGGCCUGGUCUACACCCCCUCCCCAACACAGCUAUAAUUGGGGAAGAAAAUACAGUUGCAUUUGGUCGGAUGUACAGUAGAUGCAGACUCCCUGUCCCUUCAAGGAAAUCAGUCUCUGUUACAGCUUUCCAGCUCUCCCUCCUCUGGGGUGGGCUUCCACUUUACGAAUCUUAAACUCUGUUCAAGAGCGGCCAGUUAAGGGGCGGUAGGGCAGGAUUAAAGGGCACUAGACACCCAGCACCAUUUCACAUUUAACCCUGGACAGAUUUGUGUUACCUAGUACUGGAGGUGAGGGGAGCUGUAGUGGUCUUUGCUGUACUGGAGAGAUGAUCCUGGCAAGCACAUCCACACCCCUAUUGCUGAAGAAUAGUUCCAGGACUUCCUUAAGCGAGCAUCGGGGCUUACUUGACUGCAUGAGAAUUACGUUGCGUCGGGGUUGGUGGGAAGCUGGUGGAAGUCACACAAGUUCUAAGCAGUGGGUGGUAGCAGAGCGAGUUGCGCUACUUGACCCCAUGUUCUGCUUCUUAAACUUCAAUCCCUUAGCAGUGUGUUUCUGCUGUAGUUGGCAGCCUGACCCAAGCUGGUGCAGAAGGCAUAGCAGGCUGGAGGGAGCUCUCUGUCCUGCUGCACUUGGGGUGUUUUUGCUUGAGGUGAGGCUUUCCUUCAGUGGGAGACUUGCUGGGUCCCUGCAGGCCACUGACCAGGGCCUUGGGAUGGAAACCUCAGGCCUAAGGAGAGAAGAACGGGACUUGUUUUCCUGUUGGUGCAGCAGUAACUGACGGGCGGAGUCCUGAAUUUGGAUGAGGGCUUGGUUUGUGCAGGGGAAGAGUAGGCGGGCAGGCAACAGUUGUGCCACAGUGCUCCCCCAGGUUUCUGAAUUUGGCCCUCCCCAACCUUAGUCCCCUGCUCAAACUUGGCUUGAGGUGGGGGAGGAAAGCGCUUUCUGUAUGUUCUCAUCCCACUUCUUUCUCUUGGGCCGAAUAUCUUUGCCUCUCCAAUAUGUCCAGGCUACUCUGAGGGAUCAAGGACACUCGAGCAAUCCUUGGCACCCAGGAACAGGUGAAGCCCCCUUAUUCUCCAGAGCAACGAUCUGUUCCCAUGCCAAGGAGGACAGGGUCCCAGGUCUUGUAUGUAAGGCUGCUCUUUUUUCUGAUGGUGACAAACCCCACAGUGAUCGGGAGGGGGCAGGUAGAUCCAAACGGGGGCUGGGGAUACAAGGGGCUCCUUCAGCGUUACUGUGGCUUGUUGCAGGUGUGGGCAGGACUCCAGAAAGGCUGCGAGUCCUCUUCUGUGGCUUCCUCGUACAGAAGAAAAGGCCAGUAAACACUCCGCGGGUCACUGGCUGAUUUUGGGCUGUCACAUCAGUUUGUGGAAAAAAGAUUUUUCCUCUCAUUUGCUUCCCGCUGACUCUUCUGUUAAGUGCAAUUUCCCUUGUAAAUACUCAUUUGACUUUUGUGCAUGGUUAUUAUGUAUUGUGGAUAUAAAGAUUGCCAAACCAA